CAAUCAUGAGCGACCCGAAGCCGAAGCAGAAAGAGGGCGAUAAAGCCCCCACUCCCGGUUCAGGACGUCAGAGGAAGCUGGCUGCCGCGCGUGCAGCACGCAAGGAGUCAAGUGGGAACGGAGCGCCGAGCAGCAACUGGGAGGCGCUGAAGAUGACGCUGCCCAGUGACGCGCGCCGCGGUCCACCGUCCAAGAAACGCUCUAUGAAAGGGAUUGGGUCGUUCACUAGCUCGGGACCUGAUGCCGGGACGAGUGCAGCGGAAACCAAGGACCCAGUGCCUACUUCGUCGACGACCGAUAAGAAUGCCGAGGUCGUCGUUCUUCCCGCUCCGAGCGACAGUCCUCUCCUGCAUGAAUUACGCCAGAUGGUCCUCGGUCACGCGGCGUUGUCGGAGGCGAAGAAGGCUCCGGGAAAUUAUGUCGCGCUAGACUGUGAAAUGGUGGGCCUGGGACAUCUCGGGGCCGAAAGUGCGCUGGCGCGAGUCUCGCUGGUCAACUACCACGGACAUGUCUUACUCGACACUUUCGUGGCCCCGCGCGAGCGCGUGACCGACUACAGGACGUGGGUGAGCGGUAUCCGCGAGGAAGAUCUGCGGGGUGCCCCUCCAUUUGAGGAGGUACAGAAGCAGGUGGCGGAGCUUGUCGAGGGACGGGUGCUAGUAGGCCAUGCUAUCGAGAACGACACAAAGGCCCUCCUGCUCUCGCACCCGGCGCCCUUUGUGCGCGACACGCAGAAGUCAAAGCCUCUGCGCGAGGCGGCGCGCACGAAGCGGCCCGGCCUUAAAUCUCUCGUCGAGUCGCAGCUGGGGUUGAAGAUUCAGGGCGGCGCGCACUCGUCCAUCACGGACGCGCGUGCGACGAUGGCACUGUACCGCCUCCACAAGGAGGCGUGGGAAGCAAGCAUGCGCGGCGUGAUGGACGCGUAUGCUAGAAAGACGGGGACAGUGAUGCCGGGCAAGAAGGGGAAGCGGAAGCGGGAGGACGGCGAGGAUGAGGAGAGCAAGUUCCCUGGCGGCGGGCGGAAAGGUAUCUCGAGCGGACUGAGCGUAGUGGUCAAGCGGUUUGGAAAGAAGGUUGAGGACCAGCCGCGCCGCAGAGGACCAGCGCCGAGCUCAAGCGGAGGCGGUAACUGGUGGGAGGAGUCCGCAUGAUGAUAGCAUUUGAAGGAGCAUUGAGCAUGGGCUGCAUGUAUGUUGUGUACAAUGGUUGCGAUGCAAGGAUGC